GGGAGCCGAGGGCCGGGGCCAGGAGGGCUGUCCCAGCCCCGGCAGCUCCGGGCUCAGGAGCCGCCGCACAAUGAGCCGGGAAUCAAGGCUUCCGUGGUGACAGCCCAGGCUGCCUGGGACUGAGCCAGAGAGCGGCCCCACCCAGACCGGGGGCCCCACGCCGGGGGUGCUGGGGGCUCAGGGCUCCCCCGCCGCCCUCCCUGAUCCUCUGACACCGUCACUGGCCCCACCCAGAUCUCGGGGAGUCUCAGCCCAGGGGUGCUGGGGGCUCAGGGCUCCCCCGCCGCCCUCCCCAUCCCUGGUCCUCUGACACCGUCACUGGCCCCACCCAGACCGGGGGCCCCACGCCGGGGGUGCUGCGGGCUCAGAGGGCUCCCCCCCUUCCAUCCCUGAUCCUCUGACACCGUCACUGGCCCCACCCAGAUCUCGGGGAGUCUCACCCCAGGGGUGCUGGGGGCUCAGAGGGCUCCCCCCUUCCAUCCCUGAUCCUCUGACAGCGUCACCGGCUCCACCCAGGACAGAGGGAGCCCCCACCCCAGGGGUUCCGGGGGGCUGAGCGCUCCCCACUGGACCUCUGACCCCCUCUUCUCCAAGGCUGAGCCCUGUCCCCAUCCUGCGUCCCCACCCAGGCCCCAACUCCUUAACUUCUCUUCCUGCCCUCCUCCCCCAGCCCCACCUCUGGAAAGCUGAGGCUGCCCCCCAAGCAGCCCCCAUCCCAGGGCCGAGGAGGGGAGAGCCCGUGGGGGGGCAGGACCACUUCCCCAUGCUCAGAAGGCCUCGCCUCCGGGACCUCGUGACGGCUGUGGUUUCAGUUUGCCCACGAGGCUGACGGGAUCCGGUACAGGAAGCUCCCUUCUGGCGGGCACGGCGCCCUGGGCAGGGGCUUGUGGGGGGGAGAGCGGCCGGCCCUGCGCCAUGGCCUGAAAACUGGAGCCGGAGCCGGAGCCGGCCUGGUCGGGGAGUGUGAGGACGUCUUCCGGGAACACCCAACCUCUUGGGAAGAGAUAAGGCCUCUGGGAAGAGAUAAGACCUCUGGGAAGAGAUAAAACAGGGUACCCUCCUCCGCCCCAAGAUGCCUGAGCCAGCCCAAGGGCCGGCCUUCCGGCUGGAGACUACAGAAGGUGACCAGGGAGGGGGGUCAGCCGCCGCCGCUGCAGGAGAGAGGGGCUCCAGAGACCAGCUGCCCCCCAUGGAAUCGGAAUUCCAGAAGGAGAGCACAGACUUCUCCCCGCAGAUCAAAGUUAAUCUCAAUUAUCGGAAAGGAAUGGGUCCCAGUCCGACCGAUCCAAACCGUUUUGACCGGGAUCGACUCUUCAAUGCAGUGGUGGGGGGGAACCCGGAGAGCCUGGAUGGCCUGCUGGGGUACCUGUUGCUGACCAGCAAGUAUCUCACGGACUCUGAAUUCACAGACGCCUCCACUGGGAAAACGUGCCUGAUGAAAGCCGUGCUGAAUCUCCGGGAGGGGAUGAACGCCUGCAUCCUGCCUCUGCUCCAGAUCGACCUGGCCACCCGGAAUCCCCAGCCCCUCAUCAACGCCGUGUGCACGGGGGACUACUACAAAGGUCAUAGUGCUCUGCACAUCGCCAUUGAGAAGAGAAGUCUUGAGUGUGUGAAGGUGCUGGUGGAGAAUGGAGCCGACCUCCACGCUAGGGCCCGUGGGAGUUUUUUUGGGAAAGAACGACAAGGCAUUUGCUUCUAUUUUGGGGAGCUGCCGCUGUCACUGGCCGCCUGCACCAGGCAGUGGGAUAUCGUGUCCUACCUCCUGGAGAAUCCCGACCCUGACCGCCGGGCCCGCCUGGAGACUGUGGACACCUGGGGCAACACGGUCCUCCACGCCUUGGUGAUGAUCGCCGAUGACUCCGUGGAAAACAGCCACCAGGUGAACAGCAUGUAUGACUACAUCCUCCAAGCUGGUGCCCGCCUGUGCCCCUCGGUGAAACUGGAGAACAUUGCUAAUUUCCAGGGGCUGACGCCGUUCAAGCUGGCAGCCAAAGAAGGCAAGAUUGAGGUUUUCAAGCACAUUCUGCAGCGGGAGAUCUCCGGGGAGUACCGGCACCUCUCCCGGAAGUUCACCGAGUGGACCUACGGCCCUGUCCAGGUGUCCCUCUAUGACCUGUCCUCCGUGGACAGCUGCGAGGACAACUCGGUGCUGGAGAUCAUCGCCUUUGGCUGCAAGGCCCCGAAUCGACACAAGAUGGUGACUCUGGAGCCCCUGAACAAGCUGCUGCAGGAGAAAUGGGAGUCGCUGGUCACCCGAUUUCGCUUCAAUUUGAUUUCCUACUUCCUGUAUAUGGUGAUCUUCACCAUCGUCACCUACCACCAGCCUGUCCUGGGGAAGAACUUCAUUCCCAUGAAAGCAACCGUGGGCAACUCGAUGCUGCUCAUGGGACACAUCUUCAUUCUCUUUGGGGGAGUCUAUCUCUUCUUCGGCCAGCUGCAGUACUUCUGGAGGAGACGCCUGUUCAUCUGGACCUCAUUUAUUGACAGCUACUUUGAGAUUCUCAUCCUGAGCCAGGCACUCACCUCGGUGGUGGCCCAAGUGCUGUGUUUCCUGGAGCUCAGCGUGUACCUGCCCGUGCUGGUUUUCUCCUUGGUGCUGGGUUGGAUAAAUCUUCUCUACUACGCCCGUGGCUUCCAGCAGACUGGUAUCUACAGCGUCAUGAUACAGAAGGUCAUCCUCCGAGAUCUGCUGCGCUUCCUCUUGGUCUACUUCGUCUUCCUGUUCGGCUUUGCCAUAGCGCUGGUGAGCCUGAGCAGGGAAGCCCCCCUGCCCACCUUCUCCAAUCAGUCCCUGGCCGGGGCAGACAAGCCCCCCUACGGAGGCUUGGUGGAGGCUUCCCUGGAGCUCUUCAAGUUCACCAUCGGCAUGGGGGAGCUGGAGUUCCACAAGGAGCUGCAGUUUGAGGGCUUCAUCAUGUUCCUGCUUCUGGCCUACGUGCUGCUCACCUACAUCCUCCUGCUCAACAUGCUCAUCGCCCUCAUGAGCGAGACUGUCAACAGCGUGGCCACGGACAGCUGGAGCAUCUGGAAGCUGCAGAGAGCCAUCUCGGUCCUAGAGAUGGAGAGGGGCUAUUGGUGGUGCAAGAGAAAGAAGGAGCGCUCGGGCAUCCUCCUUACAGUGGGCACCACUCCGGACAAGAAGCCAGAUGAGAGAUGGUGCUUCAGAGUGGAGGAAGUAAACUGGGCCACGUGGGAGAAAGAGCUACAGACACUGAAGGAAGAGCCGGAGAGCACUUUAGAGAUGGGGAAGACCCUCCCUGGCACAGCCUGGAAGCGACUCUUGUCAUCGAGGGGUCGGGCUGAACCGGACUCUGAGGACCAAGUGCCCCUGAGCACUCUCAGCGCCUGAGGAGGGAUGGCCGCAGCACCUGGAAGCAGUGGGACCCGACCAAGAGCCGGGUGCACCAGAGGGAGGAAAGACCCUCUUCUCCUGUUCCCAGUGCCCGACUCCAAAAGAACCUUCUGCGCAGGGACCCACGCUGGGGUUUCAUGCUCAAUUCUUGCUAAAAUAGAGCUGCCUUAGAUGUUUAGGCAGGCUGGAACCCUGCUCCUGUGGUGGAAGACACCCCACAAACCCCUGUCCUUCUCUUUCUGCAUCUGGGAGACACAGAACUGUGUUAAAUCUACCGCCUGCAAGGCAGCGAUUGGAGCUGGGAAGAUCCGAGGUCUUGCAAGCUGUGUGACCCUAGGCAAGUCAACUUAAUUUUUUCUGAGCCUCAGUUUCUUGAUCUGUAAAAUGGGGAUGAUAAUUCCCCCACCUCAUGCAUUUUUUGUGAGUUGAAUGAGAUAAUAUACAUAAAGUACUCAGCAGACCUCAAAAGCCCCAUAAAAAGGCUAGCUUUUAUUGGGCUUAUGACUAGUAGCAGUUUUAUUAGUAAUACAGUAGUAGCAGCAGCAAUAGUAGAAGUAGUAGUAGUAGCAAUAAUAGUAGUAGUAGUAGCAGCAGUAGUAUCUGCCUAGUACCCUAAAAAACUGCUGAGUUUGGAGUAAAAAGCCCUGGGUUCUGCUUUUUACUUGCUGUGAGCCUGUGGCUGACGUUUUCUGGUCUAAAAUGAGGGGUUUGACUUUGACGACCUCGAACUCUGAGUCUGUGAUCCUGGGAGGGUCCCUGAAGCUUCCCCAAGUCAGUCCCCACUGGGCCCCAAGUGCCUGAAACUGCGAGGGUGGACCCAGGAGAACCAACUGCAGGGAUGGACGCUCCUCCAUUGUCAUUCUCAGGAAUUGUGACCCUGCCGGGGCCAGGGCACUCACUCCAGGUCUAGGCUGUGUCUACACCCACAGAAUUGAGAAUGCAGGAAAUUCACUUUCUGAGUAUGUGUAGACAAUGUCUUGGCCAACAAAGAUGGACUCCCCAGUACUUGAAACUGACGGCGCAGACGAGGCAAGAUGGAUGCAUCUGCCUGGAGAGGCCGGGAUGGGGCAGGGGGUGGGGGGGGGAUUGUCUAGAAGCCCCUUCCAUGGCAAGCUCCCUGAGGGCCAGAUCUCUUCUCACGUCUGGACCCCUGGAGAACCUCCUACUUCAGCGGGGUCUGAUUUCAUCAGCGUACCUGCCCCCUCCACGGAGGCAGUCCUAUGUCUUCAUACCUCAUGGUGGCCAUCGUCCGGGAGCCGGCAUGCCGUGGUGAGCUACUGAUCUCUGGUAGGACCCUCCAGAAAAUGACCUUGAAUGUAACCCCAGGAGCACCGAGGCUGUUCCUACUUUUAUUUCCUUUUGUUCCCCCAGCCCCUAGAACGAAGAAUUGUGGGUGCUUCUUAAACAUUAGUUAGUUGGCUACUUGAUGUAGCCUUCAAGUUAACUCCACAAUGAGACACCGAAUGAUCGAUCAAAUGAGAUUCCCAAGGCUGGCAUUUACAGCCUCUCCAUCAGUCAGAAUCCAUGCUCACUUUGAAGACUUCCUCCUGUAAGGGCCCCCGCUUUAUUCCAGCCAAAUGGACAACCAGCCGUCUCCUUCAACUGACAUUCCAGCCAUUGCCCCGAUGACCGGCCGGCAGCCGCCCACUUGGCCCAUCUUGGGCUGCACCAGUGACAGCCUCCGCCGGGGCUCCACUGCUUCCCAAGUCCUGGGCCCCUCAGCUGGAAGGGGGCUCUCCCUCCUCCCCUUUUCCUGGAAUUAUCUGGAUCUUCUGUCCGUCUUCAUUGUGCCACAGUUCAUAAGUUCCUGAUUUCCGUACAUAUCAUCUUCCUUCAAGUAGCCGCUAAGAUCCCUGAGGGAACGAUCUUUGUCAUUUCUCAUCUUUGUAUUCUCGGGGCGUCCUUGCACUUGUCUUGUACUUAGUAGGUAUCAAAUAACUUUGUAUUGAUUUGAAUCAAUUAAUAUAUGCACUGCAUAGCACAUGCAAUAAAUUAUGUAAUUAAACUCGA